AUGGGAAAAUCCUCCAAGGACAAGCGCGACGCCUACUACCGGCUCGCCAAGGAGCAGGGUUGGCGCGCCCGAAGCGCCUUCAAGCUGCUGCAGCUCGACGAAGAAUUCGAUCUCUUCGCCAAUGUCACUCGAGUGGUUGAUUUGUGUGCGGCACCGGGUAGUUGGUCGCAGGUGCUCUCGCGCGUGCUGAUCAAGGGGGAGAAGUUUGGCCGGACGGCAUGGCACGAUAAGGAGGCCCGGUUCCGACAGCAGAUGCUGGGCAUUCUACCAGAGGACGAGCAGAAGGCCGAGGCGGAAAAGACAACCGACGAGCAGCAGGAGGAAAACAAACCGCGAGAGGACGUCAAGAUUGUGUCGAUUGAUCUGCAGCCCAUCUCGCCGCUGGCUGGCAUCACGACCCUUCGCGCCGAUAUUACCCACCCCGCGACGGUGCCCCUGCUCCUUUCAGCACUCGAUCCCGAUUUCGAUCCCAACGCGACCGGAACGCAGGCCUCGCACCCGGUCGACCUGGUUCUCAGCGAUGGUGCCCCCGACGUUACUGGUCUCCACGACCUCGACAUCUACGUCCAGUCACAAUUGCUCUUUGCCGCACUGAACCUCGCGCUUUGCGUGCUGAAGCCCGGCGGCAAGUUUGUGGCCAAGAUCUUCCGCGGCAAGAACGUCGAUGUUCUGUACGCGCAGCUCAAGAUCUUUUUCGAAAAGGUCAUUGUGGCCAAGCCGCGUAGCAGUCGAGCCAGCAGUGUCGAGGCAUUCAUAGUGUGCAUCAAUUUCCAACCCCCAGCUGGGUUCCGAGCCAGCUUGGAAGAGCCGCUUGGAGUCGGUGGCCGGCUGGAAGAGAUGCUCAAGGAGCGGGAGGCCCAGAAAACCGAUACCGAGAUGAAGGAUACCGCGGGUGUCAAUGAGCAGGGAGUGGUGGAGAUGGAGGUCUACGACGACACGCCCGAGGAUAAGGAGAGAAACACUCGGUGGAUUGCACCAUUCAUUGCUUGCGGAGAUCUAGCCGCCUUUGACUCCGAUGCUUCAUACCAGCUACCCGAGGACUAUGUCUCUCUAGACCCAGUCCAGCCGCCGAUUGCUCCCCCAUACAAGCGAGCUAUUGAGACGCGAGCCGCAUUGUCUGGGUCGCAGCGCUAA